GCUCGUAGGACUGACUGACCUAUCGCGAGAUUAUCACAUUAGCUUGGUUAGUUAGCUAGCCGCGAAAAGCUUGACUGUGUACCCGCAGUUUUACAGUUUUAUUCUUCUUAACGCACAGAGAGGGCUUCGCAUUUUUGUUUGAUUAUUGAUUCUCACACCUGUAAGAAAGGAUCAUCGCCGCCCGGACCUUGUGUUUGCACGAAUCCCAAUGAUGAGUUAUGCUGAAAAGCCAGAAGACAUCACAAAAGAAGAGUGGAUGGACAAAUUAAACAAUGUUCAUAUACAGAGGGCGGACAUGAAUCGGCUCAUUAUGAACUACCUGGUGACAGAGGGAUUCAAAGAGGCUGCGGAGAAGUUUCGGAUGGAGUCUGGGAUCGAGCCAAGUGUGGACCUGGACUCCUUGGAUGAAAGGAUAAAGAUUAGAGAGAUGAUCCUGAAGGGACAGAUUCAGGAAGCUAUUGCACUCAUCAACAGCCUACACCCAGAGCUGCUUGACACCAAUCGAUACUUGUAUUUUCAUCUGCAGCAGCAACAUUUGAUUGAGUUAAUCAGGCUAAGGGAGACUGAGUCAGCGCUGGAGUUUGCCCAGACACAGCUGGCCGAGCAAGGGGAGGAGAGCCGUGAGUGUCUGACAGAGAUGGAGAGAACACUAGCCCUUCUGGCCUUUGACAACCCAGAAGAGUCGCCCUUUGGAGACCUGCUCAACAUGAUGCAGCGGCAAAAGGUAUGGAGCGAGGUGAACCAAGCUGUGCUGGACUAUGAAAACAGGGAGUCAACGCCCAAACUGGCUAAACUCCUGAAGUUACUGCUGUGGGCGCAGAAUGAGCUGGACCAGAAGAAGGUGAAAUAUCCCAAAAUGACUGACCUUAGCACGGGCACCAUUGAGGACCCCAAGUGAACAUAAUAGACAAGAACAACCACCUUCCAUGUCCCCUUAAUUUAUAAUCAGUCAGUGACUGUGUGACAACCAGGUAACAUAUAUGUAUAAACAAAUGCUACGUUGUUUAUUUUUUUUUAUUUUAUUUUUUUUUCAUGUUUCAUUCAUGAGAGUUAAGACUUAACUCAUUGUGCAAACUGUAAAUUGCUGUAUUUGCAAAUCGACAGAUAAAUACUUAUCCUGGAUUUUUAGAUAGAUCUCGGAGACAACAAAAUUAAAAUUGCUGUUUUAUAUUUUUCCUUUCUUAAGCCUAAGCCAGUUGUAUUAUUUAUUGUGACCAUUUUCCCCACCAAGACUUCAUUUAGCCAGAAAGGGAGAUAGUGGUAUGAAAAAGUAUUAAUACUUUGCCGUGUGUGGAGUCAAAAGCUAAGAUCCCCUAAACCAAGAGGAGUUUGACUGUAAAGGUGUAAUCUUUGAAACGCGAUUGCCCUUUUUUCAGUGACGAUAUGUUUGGGUUGAGUGCACACACUGCAAGAAAUAAGUUUUUAAAUUAUACAUUUAAUACACAAAAUGCGAGUAUUUUUCAAUUAAAUGGCAAGAUACACUUUAUUAAUGCAAUGGACUUUUAAUUGAUGUAAUAUUUUAUGAUUUCAUUUUGUAUUGUUUGCAGAUUUGCUAUAGAAUCAGCAACUUGCUUUCUUCGCCUUGAAAUCUGAUUGUACCUUUUACAAUACGUCUACGGGAUGAACUGCCCUGCAAAAUUAUAAUUUCACAUGUGCGUUUGAGAGGAUGAAAUAUGUCCUGACUGACGGGUUGAAAUCAGAGAUGGCUUUCUGACUGAGUUUAGCCCCUCAAGGCCUUUUCUAAGCUACAGUAUGCUCCGCCCUCAGCAUGCGCCAUGUGGUUAUGUUUGUUUUGAUGUUACAAAGCGUUGCAGUUAGGAUCAUGUUCUGCAAAUCCCAUUGAUGCUUGGAAAAAAAAAAAAUCAGAUCCUUCGGUCAAGAAAUGCUAAUAAAUGGUGGGGCCAAUUACAACAACUUUGAAAAUUUAAAAUCUUUUCACACUGGAAUGAAUUCUUUUGUUAAUUGGCUUUGUUUUGGUAAUAAAUAACAAUGAUCAACAGCGACAUUUAGAAUCUGAACAGGCCUCACUGUUCAUUUAGUCACUUUUAAAGCUGUUAGUAUUUUUACUUUAACUGCAUGCAAGUGUAUCUUCUUUUUUUUAAAAUGGGAAAAGGCACUUGUGCUUGUUUGGUUUGUUUAAUAUAUAUAUAUAUAUAUAUAUAUAUAUAUAUAUAAAAAACUUGCUGCUAGUUGUCCAUCCUUAAUUUCUUUUAAGGUUGUCUUUAUAGAUAUUGGCUUUGACGAAUACUGAGUCCCAGAGAGCUCACAUCCCUUUUAUUAUUCAACAUUUUUAAGAUCAGAUUUGCAAUUAUUAAAAUAAACAAAACUUUUGUGAACCAUA